AUGUGGGGAGGCCGUACGCUGAGCUCCUCCGGGGGUCGUUUUUUAGGAGUGCUUGGGUCGGCUUUCCGGCGCAAACAAGCCGAGCGUCCUCGUGUAACCUCGUGGACGGUUUAUUCAGAGAAUCAGCUCAGUUGGACUCUACAAGUUAAACCAUGGUUUUUCAAUGAAUGCAGAACCAUGUGCUUCAAAUCCUAUAGGAUGACCUUUUCCUGUUUGAACAGAAGGAAAAGUUACAGGUACCCUCGGACAAGACUGUACAGUACUUCACAAACCACUGUCGACAGCAGUGAGGUGAAAACCUUCCUGGCCCUGGCUCACAAGUGGUGGGAUGAGCAAGGAGUAUACGCACCUCUUCAUUCCAUGAAUGACCUGAGGGUGCCAUUUAUUAGAGACAAUCUUUUGAAAACAGUUGCUAAUCACCAGCCAGGAAAACCUUUGUCUGGAAUGAAGAUUCUUGAUGUUGGUUGUGGUGGUGGAUUGUUAACUGAACCUCUAGGGCGGCUUGGGGCUUCAGUUAUUGGAAUCGAUCCUCUGGAUGAGAACAUUAAAACAGCGCAGUGCCAUAAAUCGUUUGAUCCAGUCCUGGAUAACAGGAUAGAGUACAGAACCUGUUCUCUAGAAGAGAUUGUGGAAGAGACUGCAGAAACAUUUGAUGCUGUUGUAGCUUCCGAAGUUAUAGAACAUGUGAUCGAUCUAGAAACAUUUAUACAGUGUUGCUAUCAAGUGUUAAAACCUGGUGGUUCUUUAUUCAUUACUACAAUCAACAAAACACAACUGUCCUAUGCCUUGGGAAUUGUUUUCGCAGAGCAAAUUGCAGGUAUUGUACCAAAAGGUACUCAUACAUGGGAGAAGUUUAUUUCACCUGAAAAGCUAGAAAGCAUUCUGGAAUCAAAUGGUCUGUCAGUUCAGACGGUAGCAGGAAUGCUCUAUAAUCCUUUCUCAGGUUACUGGCAUUUGACUGAAAAUACCAGCCUUAACUAUGCAGCUCAUGCUGUGAAAUCCAGGAUUCAGGAGCACCCAGUGCCUGCUGAGUUUGUUUUAAAGGAAGAGUCAGGAGAGCUAAGAGCCAACACCUCCACCAACCCAGGUGGGCAUGAAGAGCUGAAGAAAUGAAUUGUUUCUGAGGACUGUAGUAAUAUGAUUUGAAAGUCUGAUGAUUACAAAUACAAAAAAAAAAAAAAAAUUACCUUUUGGGAGAGAAUCAUGAAGAAAAGGUUAAUAAAAAGGGCUAACAUCUUGGACAAAAGUUAUUGUUAUUUCAUCUGAUAGCUACUUUCAAGGGGUAAUUCUAUAAAAAAAACCAGUUUUGUCAAGGUAUUGUGUGAUCUGGUAUUUAUAUCGUUAUAUAAAUAGGGUAUGCAUAUUUCAUUUCAUUUUACAUAUUAUUUAUAUAUUUUUCCUGCAUGUAUACACGUACAUAUAUGCUAUAAUUUGUCUUAAUAUAAAGGAAUCUGUAUCAUCUGUGUUCCUCAUUUGAUUUUAGUUAAAGGCAGUUAUGCUUCUGACUGAAGAAAACCAAACCAAAUAUAGUUUUAUAUCAUAUUUGGAAUGAUAAAAUAUACUUUUUCUUUUAAAUUUUACUUUGCAGAAAGCAAAUGAGUUGUUAAAUAUGUGCUGGAUUUGGAUUUAAACAUUAAAAUCAAGAAGUUCCGAUUAUAUUGGACAAACUUCUAUAUACAGUUCCUUAAA